UUCUUUUUAAUUUCAAGCUAAAUAUGUGUAGUGUCAUGUUAAAACUAGAUAAAUAUGGUGUGACAUUUAAUAGAUUAAUUUUGAACCAUCAUUCAGAAUAGUAAUGAAUCAAAACAUUUCCAAUAAUAGAGUUGCAGAAUACUACCCCAAUAAGUUGCUGCCUAGGUUUCCUUUAAAUGCAAAUGAUAAAUAUGAUAAAGGUAUUAAAAAAAAAGAAAUUAAUAGAGUUUAUAAGGAUCACUCAUGUUCAGUUGAUAUGCAUCACAAAGAAUCACCUCGAGGCCCUCUAAAAGCAGAUCAUAGCAUUAAACUUUCUCAAAAAAAGCAUAGUGAAAUUAAAAUUAAUCAGGUAAAUAUACUUCCUCUGAAAAAGACUAAUUCUAUGUCAGACAUUAGUAGUAGAAUGAGUGAUGACGAUGAUGAUAGUUUUAAAAGAUUACUUGAAAAAAAUUGUAAUAGUAGAAAUCAACAAUCUGUUAAAAAGAGAUCGAUUGAAUUAUUAAAUAAUGCUAAAUUAAAAUUAAAUAAAUUAGGUCAACCAAACUCUAUUCAACAAAGUUCAUCACUUCAUAAAACAUAUGGAUCUUCAAACGAUAUAAUCACUGUAACAGAACGUAUUUCAAAUAUAAAUUUUUCAAAUCAGAAAUCAAUGGAAUAUGAUCUGAAAAAUCAGUCGAAUAAUAGUUCUAAUGAAAUACAAGAAUUUGAUAAAAAGCUAAUAAAACGUUCGUCUUCGGAAAUCAACCUUAAUCAAAGAUCAUCUAAACUUGAAUCAAGUGUGAUUGAAGUAGUAUCACCAAGAAGGCAUAGCUUACCCUCCAGUAAAAGACCAUUAACUUUUGGUCAUGGCUUGGUUGGCUUACAAAAUCUUGGCAACACAUGUUACAUGAAUUGUGUAUUACAAUGUUUAUUCAAAACAAAACUUUUGCGUGAUUAUUUUUCAACCUUCAAAGAAUCUAGUGGAAAACUUGCUAAUGCAUUUGCACAAUUACUAAAAGAUGUUUGGACAGAAAAUGCACCAAAUUAUAUAUCGCCUACUAAUCUGAAAAACCAUAUUCAAAAAUAUGCUUCUCGCUUUGCUGGUUCAAAUCAACAAGAUGCUCAAGAAUUUUUGCGCUACUUGUUAGAGGGCAUACAUGAUGAUUUAAAUACUGUUAAAAAAAAAACACCUCUUAUCCUGGAUGACAAACAUUUAAGUGAUGGAGAAAAAUCUAAUGUUUAUUGGGAAAGAUAUCUAACUAAGGAAAGUAGUCCAAUGCAAGAUAUUUUUGUUGGUCAACUCAAGAGUAUUUUAACAUGUUCUGUUUGCCAAUAUCGUUCAGUUACUUAUGACCCAUUUUGGGAUUUGUCAUUACCGAUUCCAAAUCCUGUUACAUCAACUAUCAGUUUGACAAAAUGUUUUCAAGCUUACACGCAAGAGGAGACCCUUGAUGGAGAAGAGAAACCAAUUUGCGAAAAGUGUAAAAAGUCAAGAAAAUGUUUUAAAGGUUUUUUAAUAGAAAGAUUUCCUAAAGUUCUUGUUUUACAUUUAAAAAGAUUUUCUGGGCAACGCUUUCGAAGUAAACUGGAAACCAAAGUAGAAUUUCCAAAAGUUAUUUCAUUGAAAGAAUUUUCAUCUGAUAGCUCAGAUCAACGUAUAGAGCCUGUGUAUAAUCUUUACGGUGUUGUCAAUCAUUCCGGAGGAACACUUGGCGGGCAUUAUACUUCUUUUGUGAAACACCCGGACACCGGGAGCUGGCACAUAUAUAACGAUUCAAUAGUGGGUGAAACAUCUGUUUCUCGCCUAAUAUCAGCGUCAGCAUAUCUUCUUUUUUACGAGUUAUCCUCUACGUGACUGAGAAGAAUCGUAUUUUGUUUAUUUAUUGUGUAUUUAUACUUUUAUAGAGGCAUAUUUAUUUAAAGUAA